UGCCUGCUGCCCAGGCUGACUGCUCGGGGCUCGGGAUGACGCCACCUCUCGCUCCGCCCCGGCGCAAACUCGCUCUUUGCGUUCAUUUCAUUCCUCUUCUCAUUCCGAGCAUUCUUCGCAUCUCUGUCAGUGCGCGAAGCGAUUCACCUACACCUUUCCUGGCUGGCCCAGAAACACCAGAAUAACUUGACAUAGUAUUAAAAUUACCCCGUAACAUCCCCUUAUCUAAAGAAAGGGACAUUUUUAUAUGAGAUAUCAAUAACGAGGUAAGUUUCCAUGGUAGUUGCAGGUAUCCAAACUGGUUGUAGACUUCUGUUCACGGGGUUAGGUGGACAUCUUUUGGAAAAAUUGGACGAAUUAUUAAAAAAUUUGGCUCAGCCGGGAGUUGUUGGACCUUAUUCGGACCACCUCGAAGGAAACACCGUGGAGAGACUUGUUGCUUCAACGCGUUUGACGGUGCUUUGUCGAAAACGCCACCGAAGUUUAGUGUCUCUCCCUAGUCUGCUCCAGGCUUCAGCUUGGAGAGCCCAACCGCCAUCAUUGAUCCCAGCAGCUGGAGCGGCAGCGAAAGCCCUGCCGAGGACAUGGAGAGGAUGAGCGAUUCGGCAGACAAGCCCAUGGACAAUGAUGCAGAGGGGGUCUGGAGUCCUGAUAUUGAGCAGAGCUUCCAGGAGGCCCUGGCCAUCUACCCUCCUUGUGGACGCAGGAAGAUCAUCCUGUCUGAUGAGGGGAAGAUGUAUGGUCGGAAUGAGCUGAUAGCAAGAUACAUCAAGCUGCGGACCGGGAAGACGAGGACUCGUAAGCAGGUGUCUAGUCACAUACAGGUCUUAGCAAGAAAGAAAGUUCGAGAAAUCCAAGCUGCCAUUAAGGUACGUCUGGCUUUGCCCAGUUGCAGGGGGCUUUUCAUUGCCAUGGUUACAGGCUCUUCCUUUGUUUUCCUCCCCUCCCCUACCCCGCAGGUGUCUAGUCACAUUCAGGUUCUUGCCAGAAGGAAAUCUCGUGAGUUUCAUUCCAAGCUAAAGGUCACAAGUAUGGACCAGGCAGUGAAGGACAAAGCCCUCCAGAGCAUGGCCUCCAUGUCCUCGGCUCAGAUCGUCUCUGCCACGGCUAUUCACAACAAGCUGGGACUGCCAGGCAUCCCGCGCCCAGCCUUCCCUGGAGCAGGGUUAUGGCAGGGUAUGAUAUCAGCUGGUCAGCCAGGAUCUUCACAAGAUAUUAAGCCUUUCACCCAGCAAGCCUAUCCCAUCCAGCCAGCAGUCACAACGGCCAUUUCAAGUUACGAGCCCACAGCAGCUGCAGCUCCCACAGCACCAGCAUGGCAGGGCCGCUCCAUCGGUACAUCCAAACUCCGACUGGUGGAGUUCUCCGCCUUCCUAGAGCAACAGAGAGACCCCGACUCAUACAACAAGCACCUCUUUGUACACAUCGGACAGACAAAUCAUUCCUACAGUGACGCCCUGCUGGAGUCGGUGGACAUCCGUCAGAUUUACGACAAAUUCCCAGAAAAGAAGGGAGGACUGAAGGAGCUGUAUGGAAAAGGUCCCCAGAACUCAUUUUUCCUCAUUAAAUUCUGGGCUGACUUAAACUGCAAUGUUCAGGAUGAUUCUGGAUCUUUCUACGGAGUCACAAGUCAGUACGAGAGCUCGGAGAACAUGACCAUCACAUGUUCAACAAAAGUCUGCUCCUUUGGCAAGCAGGUGGUGGAGAAAGUUGAGACUGAAUACGCACGCUUUGAGAAUGGACGCUUUGUCUACCGGAUAAGCCGAUCUCCCAUGUGUGAAUACAUGAUCAACUUCAUCCAUAAGCUAAAACACCUGCCAGAGAAAUACAUGAUGAACAGUGUUCUGGAGAAUUUCACGAUCUUAUUGGUGGUGACAAACAGGGACACGCAGGAGACGCUGCUAUGUAUGGCGUGUGUGUUUGAGGUUUCAAACAGCGAGCACGGUGCCCAGCAUCAUAUCUACAGACUGGUAAAGGAAUGAGAGAGGACCCACACCUACCCACACCCAAGCCUUCAACCCCCCCCCCCUCUUUUCAUAGACUUACCAAACUCAAGAAAAGUGGCAGUGCCUCUACCUGAAAGUCACACCCACAAUGCUUUCUGGUCAUGGUAUCGGGUGAAGUCAGUUGUUUUAAAUUUGUGUUAAUAUAAUGAGUUUGUUAUUCGACUGCAGCUGUGAAUUGCGGUACAGUUGUUUUAUGUUUGAAUAUGGGAAUUCUCCUUUAAAUAUGUUGAGUUGUUCUCUGUUGGGUAUACGUGUGGCCGUUCUUUAAAGAAUUUACUCGAUUCAUUUGGUCAAUGGAAAUGUGUGUCGUCUUCUUCUGCUUUGUUCUGUAGAGUAAGAAAAAAAGGAUGUUGGCCUUUUCUAUCAGCGGCCUGAUGUGGUCUGUGUAAUAUGUUUGAGUGUUUUUUUGUUCAUUCAUAAUAUUGUGAGCAUACAUACUGUGGAUAUACAGACAAGCACCCACAGCCGAUUGAGUUUCCAAAGAACAAAACUGACAUUACUUCAGAGGCAGUAGGUGCACAACUAGUUUUCUUAAAGACUCUAGCCGUCAUUGCUUUAUUUAUUCCUGUUAAAGCACUCCAAGUCUUAGACGUUAAUCGAAUGAAUGCACUGUGAAACAAUCAUUACGACUGCUUCUGCUCCAUAAAAACCACCUGCUACUCUUUCCUUUACUGCAAAUAUCUCUGUGGCCGCUGAUAGGGGAAUGUUUAGGUUAUAGUCAGGCCUAAAAAUCACUCUAAAAGCACUUUGUCCCUUCUCCUGGUCCUGGACUGAGUUUUUCUCCCCCCUGUUAGAUCUGUGCUUUUAAUCAACAGUAUGAAUAAUCACAAAUCCCUUAUAAAAAGAAGGUUUGUUCAGUUUGCUGUGGCCCCUUUAAAGACUCUGAGAAUAUCGCCCCCCUCUGGAGUUGUUGUGUAAUGACUCUAAGUCAGAGUGUUGCUGCCUUCAUGUUCACAUGUUUCUGUGGCCUACGCCGACGCCCAGCCUUAAAACAUGUUAAAGCUGUGUGAACUCCAAAAGAUGCCACUAAAGCUGUGAUCUCUACGCGGGGAAGACUCUAUUUGUUGUGUAAGAAAUUCACAAUACUAUCUGCCAAAGUGUAGAUGUACAGUGCCUUAAAAUACGCUCUAACAUGAUCCCUUUGCUUUGGUUUGAAAUUAAGUUUGUGGUCAAAACACGGAAAACACUGUACCGUUUAUUACCUGGAACACCCUUGCAUCUGAGACAUCUUGUUUCUUUUACCUGGUACACUCCUAGAAACACAGUUUGUGUUGUUGCUCAGAGGCAGCACACUUUUUAAGUUUGAACAUGUUCAGAAAUAGGAAAACACAGGUUCUAUUUUUCUGUGACACUCACACGCUCCUGAAACAUCAGCCUUUUUGUACCACAAACACAGACUGACUGCCUUUCCAGUUGUAGAAGACCAAAAACAGAUAACACCACUCUUUUGUCAAGUCCUGCAUGGUAGCAAGGAAGUGCCUUUGGUUACAAAUUUCCAGCUCAAACAAAAAAAAUCUGACAGAAAUUAAAAAUCAAACAUUGCAAGACCAAAAAAAAAGAGACAAAAGCGAAACCAAUCACCACAUUGCCUUUUUCUUGAAGGAUUAUUAUGACGGAAAGGGAGAGUGAUUUCCUGCUAGAUGACAGAUAUAUUCAAAAUUUGUAAAGUGCUUUCACAAAUGAUGUAGUUGAUGAAUUUCUUUGCUUUUGAGGUCAAAGAGUGAGAGACCUGCUGAUACAGGACACAGCCGCUGACUCGCUUAGAAAACACUGCAGCCUCUGCUUCGUGCACACUUGCAGGUUCAAGUGUCACUGACUUUAGGAACAUUAUGAUUUCUAUACUCCACAAACCACACGAUGUGAAACUUCACUAUAACGCCACAAUACCUUUUGAUGAUGCAGACUGUGUGUUAACAAAGCAGGGAGUGACAAGCUUGUAUUAUCCGUCUGUCAGAGAAGUUUAUUUAUUAGUGACCUUUAAAAACAGGUUCAGACCUGGAUUCUCUUGGACUGUUUUAAUGCGCUCCAAUCUGAAAUUCCUCAUAUUUCCUAGCGUGGACGAGGCCGUCAAGGUUAAUAUUUCCACUGUAAACACUAUUACUACUCAAACUUCUCCUGUUUCUUAGAAAAAUAUAAUCAUCUGGAGUAUUUUAAUGGAAAAAGCUCUUAAUAGUUGCGGACAAUGUCUCUGGAUGCAGAAAAAGUUCCAUCAUUCAGUAUUUCGCCACAGUCCUGUGGACACCGUGGAGAGUUAUAGACUUUUUUUGUUUACGCUGUGUAUCUGUUCACAUUUAAUGAUUACUUAGUGUUGUUCCUGUUUUCUUAUUGUACUUGUAUACAAUCGUACUUGGUUUUGUGAUGAGGUUGUCUGUUUGUUAAAGCCCACUGAGAUGGGGAAGGUGUUUCUGCUGCACUGCUGGUACAUUUGGACAUAUGGUGAAAACACUAAAACAGCAGGACUGAUGCGUUUAAUGACAUGAAUGUCUGGUGGACUGUUUGAAGAGACAGUGGACAUGUUUUACAAAAAAAAAAAAAAUCAAUGACUCAUCCAGGGUGAGGAAUCAUGCUGCAAACAGAUCAGCAGUUUAGCUCUUGUUUGUUGUUAUUCUGUUUAAGAGUAGGUACUGGUACCUUGUUUUGUUUUAUGACCCUUUCUCAGAUGGCGGCUUUAAAGUGAUUUUUCACACGGCUCACAUAUAGUUAUCAAACACACACACAUUUGAGUUUUGUGUGCAGACUCGUUUUUUGUAAAAAGGUGCUUUGUACAAAAUUAUAUCCUAGCUUUUCUUGGUACAGAUGUGUGAUAUCUUUUCGUAUCCAUGAUAAAGUAAAGAGUUGGAGCGUCAGGAGAGUAAAGAAGCUCUGCAAUGUUUCUGUGUUCUGCAUAUGGUCUUGUCUUUGCUCCGUAACAUUAUGAUGCCUUCUUGAUAAUAGUAGAUAUUUUGUAGCUUUCUAGACACUUUGUAUGUAUGCAAUAUUGAAGUUAAAUAAAUCUGAAAAUAUUG